AUGAAAACUAGAAUAACAAUUAUCCCUUUCUUGAUUCAACUUGCUCAACUACUUCUCCUUCUUCUACUACCAUGUCACCGGUACACGGCUUACGCCGCCGGUGGCACGUGGGACCUACUUAUGUCCAACAUCGGCAUUUCAGCCAUGCACAUGCAACUCCUCAACAAUGAUAGAGUCAUCAUGUACGAUCGUACUGACUUUGGUGCAUCCAACAUAUCUUUGCCUGAUGGCAAAUGUCGUAACAACCCUAAUGACCUCACCUUGAAAGUUGAUUGUACUGCCCACUCUGUUGAAUACGAUGUGUCCACCAACUCAGUACGACCCCUCAUGGUCCAGACAGAUGUUUGGUGCUCCUCUGGCUCUGCGACGUCCGAUGGUUCGUUGGUUCAGACUGGUGGAUUCAACGAUGGUGAAAAUUUUGUUAGGGUUUUUAAACCAUGCAGUGGAAAGACCAGCACAUGUGACUGGAAAGAAAUUGGAAGUGCACUAAUACAAAGUAGAUGGUAUGCCACUAAUCAUUUGUUGCCUGAUGGAAGACAAAUUAUCGUAGGUGGUCGUGAUGCUUUUAACUAUGAGUUUUAUCCCAAGACUGCUUCAACCAACAACCUAUUUGGUCUGCCAUUUCUUCAGCAGACUAAUGAUCCUAGAGAGGAAAACAAUCUUUACCCCUUUGUUUUUCUUAAUGUGGAUGGAAAUCUAUUCAUUUUCGCGAACAAUCGAGCUGUACUACUCGAUUACAUGACAAAUACGAUAGUGAAAACGUAUCCACAAAUAACCGGUGGUGACCCGAGAAAUUAUCCAAGUACGGGUUCUGCAGUUCUUCUUCCGUUAAACAUGCAACAGGAAACUAUUCGGGCUGAGGUUUUGGUUUGUGGGGGAACGAAAAAGGGUUCAUACCUUAGAGCACAAAGAGGUAAAUUUUUAGGUGCAUUAAAUACUUGCGGGCGGAUUACAAUAACCGACCCGAAUCCAAAAUGGAUCAUGGAGACCAUGCCAGUAGCUCGAACAAUGGGCGAUAUGGUAAUUCUACCAAACGGUGACGUUUUGAUUGUGAAUGGUGCGGGUGCGGGCACGGCUGGAUGGGAACUUGGUAGGAGCCCCGUCUUGAGUCCGGUGAUUUACCGUCCUGAUGACUCAUUGGGUUCAAGAUUCGAGGUUCAAAACCCUGGUACCAUACCAAGAAUGUAUCACUCAACAACUGUUUUACUUCGAGAUGGUCGAGUUUUGGUUGGUGGUAGUAAUCCACAUGGGUUUUACAACUUUACGGGAGUUCUAUUUCCAACAGAGUUAAGUUUGGAGGCAUUUUCACCGUCAUAUUUGGAUUCAAGAUCCGCGAAUUCACGUCCGCGGAUUAUUUCACCCGCUUCCCAACGUAAAGUUAAAUACGGUGAACGGAUCGAUAUUCGAUUUACUAUACGUGGAUCGAUAAAGAGAGAUUUGGUCAAGGUGACAAUGGUUGCACCUGCAUUUAACACACAUUCAAAUACUAUGAAUCAAAGAAUGCUAACCCUUUCAGGUGGAAAAGUAACAGGAGUUGGAAUAUCAACUUAUAAAAUCAAUUCGAUUUUUCCAAAUUCGAAGAAUUUAGCACCACCAGGUUACUAUAUGUUAUUUGUGGUUCAUCAAGAUAUACCAAGUGAAGGAAUUUGGAUCAGGAUUCAGUAACAUGGUUGGAAAAACGCUCUAAAUGCAUGACGGUAAAAGUAGUUAUCAUGUGAGCAGAAUGUCAUGGAAUGUCGUGGUUUAAAUUGUCAAAACAAUCAGUGCAUCGGCAUGCUCUUUUUAUUAAAAUAACUAUAAAAAGAAAUACUAUUAUUAUUAAAAAAACUAAAAAGAAAUAUUAUUAUUAUUAUUAAAAAAAACUAGUAUUAUUACUAGGUGUGAUGGAAACUUCUUUUCUUGGGAGCUAGCUAGGUUGUUGUAAGCAUGAUAAUGAAUUCAAUUCUUUUGUAUUGAUUAUUGAAUAAAUUUUGCAGUCCUAUUACAAUAGUGAAAGGCUUGUG